AGAAGUGUCAUUCAAUUGUAUCGCUAGAAAAAUAUUUCUUAUGGUGAAUUAAGUUUUGUUAAAUUGUGUUAUUAAGAUCAUGGAGUUGUCGAGCAUUUUGCCGGCUCCGGUGCAGCCUGUUUGGGACCGAGAUGACGAGCGCAAAAAGAGGGCCGCUGCGAACCCAUCUACCGUUUUAGUCAGCGCUCAAGCCAUAGCACCUCCCUACGGACAAAGGCGAGGUUGGGUACCGCGGAACGUUACCGAUUAUGGCGACGGAGGCGCCUUUCCUGAAAUCGCCGUUGCUCAAUAUCCUCUAGAAAUGGGACGUAAAAAAGAAAAUGCCUCCAACGCAUUAGCAGUACAACUCGAUGCCGAAGGCAAAGUGAAAUAUGACGUUAUAGCCCGGCAGGGCCACUCCAAAGAUAAAAUCGUCUAUUCCAAACUGUCGGAUUUAUUGCCAGUGGAAAUGGUGGCAGAAAAUGAUCCGUCAUUGGAAAAACCGGCGCAGGAAGAGCUCGACGAGAUCACCGAAAGGACUAGACAGGCGUUGAUGAAGAUUACAAAUUCGAAAAUUGCCGCGGCAAUGCCGGUCCGGGCAGCCGACAAAGCAGCACCGGCACAAUUUAUUAGAUAUACCCCCUCCCAGCAAGGAGCAGCCUUCAAUUCUGGAGCGAAGCAGAGAGUUAUUAGGCUGGUGGAGGCGCAGGUGGAUCCAAUGGAGCCUCCCAGGUUUAAGACCAAUAAGAAGAUUCCCAGGGGCCCGCCAUCACCUCCAGCUCCUGUUUUGCACAGUCCCACUCGCAGGGUGACGGUCAAAGAGCAAAAAGAGUGGAAGAUACCGCCGUGCAUAUCGAACUGGAAGAACGCCAAAGGCUACACCGUCCCGUUGGACAAACGGUUGGCGGCGGACGGACGCGGUCUGCAACAGUUGCACAUCAACGAGAAUUUCGCGAAACUCGCCGAGGCCCUUUACAUAGCGGACAGGAAGGCCCGCGAGGCCGUCGAAACCAGGGCCCAAUUGGAAAAGAAACUGGCCCAGAAGGAGAAGGAGCAGAAAGAGGAACACCUGCGACAGUUGGCGCAAAAGGCGCGCGACGAACGCGCCGGCUUCAAGACCGUCUCGAGCCACGCGAAGACCAUGGACGAUGAAGAGCAAGAGCGGGAAAUGCUCAGGCAAGAUCGGCACAAGGAACGCGCGAGGGAGAGGAAUUUAGCCCGGGCGGCGCCCGAUAAGAGGAGCAAGCUGGAAAGGCAAAGGGAACGCGACAUUUCCGAACAAAUCGCACUGGGCAUGCCGGCCCGCGGACCCUCGUCCAACGAAACCCAGUUCGAUCAGAGACUGUUCGGUCAGGCCAAAGGUUUGGGUCAGGGUUACGGAGACGACGAGGCGUAUAACGUAUACGACAAACCGUGGAGGGAAGGCGGAUCGAUGGCUAACCAUCUUUACCGGCCGAGCAAGAAUAUCGAUAAGGACGUGUACGGGGGCGAGGAAUUGGAGAAAGCUAUCCGAACUAACCGGUUCGUGCCGGAUAAAGAGUUCAGCGGGACGGAUAGGAGCGGUGCCGGACGCAGCGGUCCCGUGCAGUUCGAAAAGGAGGAGGAUCCGUUCGGGUUGGAUCAGUUUUUGUCGCAAGCUAAGAGAGCGAGCAAGCGCAAGGAACCGGAGAAGCGCGACGAUCGCGAUAAGAAGAAGCGUAGGGAUUAGUUUCCGGGUCCCCGUACCCAUACCCAGAUACCCCCAAAGCGUGUGGGUAUUUUGGAGAUACACUCCCACUUUGUUUUUUUUUUUUUUUUACAGCGAGACCUGGCGUUUACGGGUACCUGGAUUGCAAAAAUGGUUCAAUAA